AUGGUCGCAACCGCCAAAACCAUCAACAGUCUCGCUGGAGGCGCCCGACGACUGUCCAAACGACUUCUCGCCUCAUACCUUUUCGACUGGAUCCUCAUACUUGGCAUCGCAGGCUUAGGAGGCGGAUUCUCAAAGAUCCACGGCGCCCGACACGACUUUUCUCUUCAAGACCCUUCGAUAUCCUACCCGUACCACGAAGACACCGUCUCGGUCGGCGUGCUCAUAGUCGUGGUGCUCGUCGCGCCGGGCGUCAUCACCGCCGCCAUUUCGCUCCUCUUCAUCCCGGGGCCGACGGCAUCUCGAAGAACCCCGAGGGCUUUGAUAUGGCGGCGCAAGAUCUGGGAAUGGAACACGGCGUGGAUGGGUCUGGGACUGGCGCUGGCCUCGGCGUUUCUCAUCACGGAAGGCCUCAAGGAUCUCUCCGGUAAGCCUCGCCCGUUCAUGCUCUCGGUGUGCGACCCGGACACGUCGCCAGAGUCUAUACGCCGGCACCAGGUCGGCGGGCUCGGCUCGUCGCUCGACUCGGCGACGCCCAUCGUCGUGACGUGGCACAUCUGUCGCAACACGGACAAGUCUCAGAUGCGCAACGCCUUUGCAAGUUGGCCCUCUGGCCACUCGAGCUUCAGCUGGGCCGGCAUGCUGUACCUGACUUUCUUCAUCUGCGCCAAAUUCGCCGUUCAGAUCCCCUUCCUCCCGCCCGCCACAAGCCAAACCGACGGUGGCAGCAGACGCUUCAUAUCGACCUUUGACGAGGAGGAGGACUAUUACCCGCCGUACGACCACCGACAGACGUCACGGGUCCAGCGACAGCAACCGCAUAAACCAAGAGGAGAAGACGAGGCAGGGCCCGGGCCGGGAGCGGAGGAGGAACACUCAUCCAACAGCCUCCACUCGGCAGGGACGGCAGGAGUGUCGUCGUCGUCGUCGUCGUCGUCAUCGCGUCUUCCACCGCAUCCUCCGCGCAACGAAGCCGCCGCGCCGCCAAUCUACCUCCUCAUCAUCGCCUUUGUGCCCGUCGGCGUGGCCCUGUUCAUCAGCGUGUCUCGGUGGUUCGACUACCGCCACCACGGCUUCGACAUCAUCUCCGGCUCGCUGAUCGGCAUCUUCACCGCCUGGUUUGGGUUUCGGUGGUACCACCUCCCCAUCCGAGGCGGGAGCGGGUGGUCGUGGGGCGCGCGGAGUCGGGACCGUGCCUUCUGGCUCGGUGUAGGAAGGGCGAGCUAUGUGGGUGACGAAGGGUGGGCGAGUGCUGCAGCCGCCGCCGCCGCCGCCCACAACAACAACCACAACCACGCACGGAGAAACGGUGCCGGCGGCGUAUCCGACGUCGAGGCCACCGCUGGUUCCGAACACGAAACCGUCACAGGCGGAGGGCUGCCGGACCGUCACGAUGCCACGGAGAGGGCGGCUUUGAAUUGA